UUCCAGAUCAUGCAGGGCCUCGAGCACAUCCACUCCCACAACUUCUUCCACCGCGACAUCAAGCCCGAGAACAUCCUCGUGUCCACGUCCGCCCACCAGGACACCUCCAACUCCUUCCGCCGAUACUCAGCCCUCGUCACGCCGCCCUCGACUCCUCCCACAUACACCGUCAAGCUGGCCGACUUUGGCCUCGCCCGCGAGACGCACUCCAAGCUGCCCUACACCACCUACGUCUCCACAAGAUGGUACCGCGCCCCCGAGGUCCUGCUGCGCGCCGGCGAGUACUCGGCCCCCGUCGACAUCUGGGCCGUCGGCGCCAUGGCCGUCGAGAUCGCCACCCUCAAGCCCCUCUUCCCCGGCGGAAACGAGGUUGAUCAGGUCUGGAGGGUCUGCGAGAUCAUGGGCAGCCCCGGAAACUGGUACAACAAGGCCGGCGCCCGCGUCGGAGGCGGCGAGUGGCGCGACGGCACCCGGCUGGCCUCGAAGCUGGGCUUCUCCUUUCCCAAGAUGGCCCCCCACGCCAUGGACACCAUCCUGCAGACGCCCCAGUGGCCGCCUGCCCUGAGCCACUUUGUCACCUGGUGCCUCAUGUGGGAUCCCAAGAACCGUCCGACGUCGACGCAGUCCCUGAACCACGAGUAUUUUGCCGACGCCACGGACCCGUCACGGCCCAAGUCGUCGGCCUCCAAGAUCCUGGGGCGCAAGCAGUCCGACCUCAGCCGCACCUCCAAGGAGGGCCUGGCCCCGUCCAACUCCGUCUCCAAGCCGUCUUGGUUCCGCAAGUCCCUUAUCGGCCGCAGCGACAUUCCCGAAACCGUCGCCGUGGCCCCCUCUCAGCAGUCUCCCGUCCAGACCUCCAGCACUCUCGAUGUCUCGUCCGCCAAGCAAGCCGCCAAAGCCAAGCGGAGCACGUGGGCGAGUGGCUUGUCGGGAGUGGCGCCGAUGCCGAUUCUGCCCUCCAUCAAGCCCAUUUCGCCCCUUUCCGACGCCGUGACGGCGCGUGCCAACAGCAACGCCGACAGCCAAGACAAGAGCAAGAAGCUCGGCCGACAGCUCUCCGUCAACUCCAGCAACAACAACUACACCGAGAUGCACCGCGCCCAGGCCGAGCGUGCGCUGAAUGGCCAGUCUGGCCUCGCGUCUCCCCCUAGCGCCCACAAGGAAAGCUUCUUCUCCCACCUCCGCAAGCGGGCGAGGCGCUUCUCCGGACGCCACCAGACCCCCGUUUCCCCUGCGUAUGACGACAUGGAGGCACAGGU